GAUCAGACUGCGCGGGUGCGCAGGCUGGUCUGGAUCCAUGCUGGUCGCAAACGCACUAUGUGGAUUUGUCGUGACGCGGCUCAAAUGUUUAUUUUACUUCUGCUACAAUUUUUUUCCUGCAGAGAUGACUGUAUAAAUUUCAGGAGAAAUUAAAGAUCUGAUUUGGUGAUAAUUUGAAGCAGUUUGGAUUAUUUUUCUUACUGUCAUCGCAAGGAACCCCGGCUGGAUAUUUUCUCCCGGCUACGAAUAUUUCUGUGAGAGUGGAACUACAAGUGUGUCUGCAGGCAGAUUUGUGUCUUUUACUUCAUCGAGUAGCGGAGGAAUAUAUUAUAAUAAUUGCGUAAACUUUUUCACCGCCAUAUGUUUUGUUUUUAAUAUAAACAUUAGCAUGGGCGUGACAAGGAGCUAAAAGAAUCUGGGAAAAAUUAUUUUGAAAAAAAAAAUCUUCGUGCAAGUGAGAUAAAAAAAGAUGGAAUUAAAUAUGCUGUUAGUGAAAGUUGGAGUUUUUCUAAUUUAUUUUAUGAAACCAGCAAUGCUGGCUAAAGAUUCUAUGGAACUUUCCAAGUUUACGUUUUUAUGGGAGGACGCGGAGGCAAGAUGUUCGAGACAGGGUCAGCUUCUAGCACCUGGUCGUAGAUACAGGGCUAAGAUGAUCAAAAACAUGAUGGUGAAAGAAAAUGUAGAUGCAGUUUGGUUGAAUGGAUGGAGAGCAGUUUCUGACAUCGUACCUGAUGCAGACGGCAAACUAAAUACAUUGAAAGUUGAUUUCAGUAGACCACAAAAUAAAGACCUGAAGAUGAUAUGUCGGUUGGAUUCAGUUUAUUACGAUCCAACAUAUAGAGCGAAGUCGACGGAAAUAGCACGGUCUAAAUGUAAAUCGGAUGGCGCGGAACUUGCUGAUGUCACAACAGAAGAAGAUGUUAAAGAAAUCACAAAAGACAUGCUUGUGGAUACUCCACACUGGAUUAACUCUAUAUCGUCAAAAGGAAGGUCUGGAUAUUACAUUAGUUCAAAAAUAAAACAGUGCCUGGUCGCUAAAUUAGUUGGAGAUGACCUGAAGUACAGUUAUGAAGAUUGUUCUCAAGAAUAUCAUUUUAUUUGUGUCGAAGGCGAUGAUAUAAUGUCGUCAUUUUCACCACUUAUAUCUCUAAAGAUGGCACGGUUUGAAGAAUUUGAAGAAGAAAUAGAGAAGCUAUCGCCCACUACAGCAAUAUUUGAUUUGUUUUCUUCAAGUGAAAUACCAUUAGAAAGCUCUUCAAUAAACGUGCCCGUGUCUUUGACAUCAACUUUUCCACCUACAAUGACACCUGAAAUCACUCCAAGUAAUCAGAUUACUUCAACAUCUAGUUCCUCCCCUAUUCAAUAUACAACGUCAAGUACGUCUGUUAUUCUCAAUGUUCAAUCUGAGAUGACAUAUGCAGAUGUCACUUCCAGUACACAAUCUGAUGUCGCUCCUAGUGUUCAACCUCAUGUGACACCGGCGGGUGUUACCUCCAGUGUUCAGCCUCAAUUGUCACCUACAGAUGUAACCUCCUCUGUUCAAGUUGCAGCAAUCACUACCGAUGUCAUUUCCAGUGUUCAAAUUAUGGACACUUAUGAUGAUAUUUCAGAAACUGAAACUGUUGUUACAACUUCUUCAGUUAGUAGAUCUAAUGUAGAUUCACCUUUAGCCACUUAUACAAUACUAACAACCGCGCCAUAUACAGAUACGACAACAACCAUGGAUAAAGAAUCAUCUUCUGAAGCAGAUAUUUUUUCUUUGACAAUGUUGGAUAAAGAUCCUGUUACUAUUACGAGUUCCGUAAUUUCUACAGAUGUUUCAACUGCCAUGGAUGUUUUACAACCAUCGGAAACCACACAAGAUAUUGUUCAAAUCACAAUAGAUUCAGUGGAUAAUUUAUCUUCGUCAAGCAUAGACGUAACUGAUAUUCAAACGGCAAGUAUCAAUGCGAAUACUGAUGAAACAAUGCGCGUAACAUUCAGCUCCUCGCAAACAGUUGAAAGUUCUAGUAUAGAUACACUUUAUCGAGAAAAUGUUUUUAUUGAGCCUCAGAAUUCCUCAGUUACAAUACAAUUUUCCUCAGACAUGCUAAUCCCGAUGAGCACAACAGUGACAUCAUCAAGUUCGAAAUAUUCGCCACUUUUAACAUUUGUUAAUACAACAGGAUACUACCGGAGUCCGACAGACACAUCUAUUAACACUGACACAGAAUUAUUUGUAAUACAGGCAAUGCAAACAGUACCAUCAAAAUUAUCUUCUUCAAGCUAUUUUGAAACCUUUGACACAUAUGAACCGGAAAACACUAUGCCAACAGACAGACUUGAUAUGGGAGAAGUUUCUACCACACACACUACAUCUGCUAGUGUUUUACAAACCCCAGAUAUCAUCAUCGAACCUUCUUCUACUCUAACUGUAAUGCUAAGUAAGUCAUCAUCAUAUGAAGAAAACAAUUUCAUUUAUGAGUCUAUCAGUAGUUCUGAAAACAUACAUACCACAUCCGCUGAGUUUUUGUCAUCUACAUUUAAACAUUUUGGCACAGAAGAUUCAAAGACAUCUUCACACAUGUCAACUAAUACCAUUUCUCAUUUUACAUCUUUAUCUUCAUCUCAAGAUGUUAUGGCGACACAAAAUACUAACUCAUAUGCAGCGCAUGCGACCGGCUCCUCGCUCAUGCAGAUUACCAGUAAAUCAAGUUUAAUGCCAUAUGAAUGUACAGAGAUUGAUUCCACUACGCUUUGCGGUGAUAUGCUAACUCCUCCAGAUGACCCAUAUACAUUAGAUGUUCUUGAAUCCUCAUCAACAAUUUUUAACUUUAUCACACCAUCAAUGCCAUACUCAUUGACAGAUGUUCCUCUUUCAUCUUCAUUGACAGCAUCAUCACUUUCUACGUAUCCCGCUAAACAUUUGUCAUCUUACAGUUAUAUAACAACGGAAGAUAUUACUAAUAUAGAACCAGAGCCUUCAUUGUCAUCUGUUAGUCCAAGUAAUUAUAAUUACUAUGAUUCCGAAAGAUAUGAUAGUUUUGAUGAAGACGAAGACAAAACCUUUUCACCAGAAAAUGAACCAACUCCAAAAUAUACUAUAGGUACUAGUGAUGAAGAUGAAACAGACCAAGUUGACGAAAAUAUACCAGGAGAUUUAGAUAAAGACGAUAUGGACGAAGACAAUGCAAUUGGAAACGCAAGCGCGGACAAAGGAGAAAUUGUUGAUGAAGAAGAAGGUACAGAAAUUGGUCUAUGGAUAGCGUUUGCGAUACUUAUAACCUUGGUGUUAAUUGCACUCAUUUUAGCAGCAUUCUUAUAUCGAAAAAGAAAACAGCAAAAAUCAAAAGACAUAAAUACUGCAGCACCACCUGCCGCCGCCGGAGAGACUGUCGAAUUAAGAGAUUCUCGCUCUCCAUCUCGCGAGAAUGGGAAACCACGAGAAUCUACAACUUACAAGGAUCCAGCCUAUGAUAUAUAGCAUACGGUCUAAUAAUAUUGUCAAUAUCGAUUCGAGGUGUCUUCGAACAUUAAAGAAAUUGUGCCUUCUGAAUUCUAUCGACAGGGAUUCAAACUACGUUUCUAAAAGGAAGUGAUAGUGAUAAAUUAAACCUUUUACUUUAUAUUGCCGACACAUGAAUUAAAGAUUUUUUUAGAAAAGUGAAGUAGAAAAGUUAAGAUUUACUUCAGAGAAGCAUUCCGCCUCUAAGUGUAGCAUUCUUAGUGUUGUUUGUGUUUUCUUUAUACAGAAAGAUAAUAAAAAAUUACACUGACACAUAUUCUUAACGAGAGGAAUGCUGAAAAUGUGUUUCAUUAUUUGGAACACUACAGGAGUAAUUUGCAGCAUUUUCUAGUCAGUCAAAGAAUUAACUUGAAUUAAGCUUCUUGAACUAUUUUCUCUCUAUAAUUGCUUGUUGAAAUAUGUAUACUCAUUAUUAUAGACUCUGCUGCAGUUAAUGAAAAGUUGUUUUUUUCUAGAGAUAAUUUAUUCAUUUCAUACAAUUUUAUCGGAGCUUAACUAAUGUUUCUACAAAUAAGAGUCCGUGAUCUAGUGCGAUUAUAGUUUUGGACAAGAAAUAUUAAGACACAUAUAAAUUUGCUUGUUGUGACACUGAAAAAAUGUGCCAAAUACUAACUGAUUAUUCCUACCAAAAUGUUAUUUAUGUCAGUUAAAAGCUAAAUGCAUCUAACAGAACGUUAUUUUUAUAUGUACAAUGCUAAUAGCUAAAACAACUUGCAUAACAUUAUCUUUAUCAGUUUAUAGCUAACAACAUAUAAUAACAUCUGGAAAAACAUCAUCUACAUCAGAUAGUUUAUACAGAAUUAACUCUAGUUCGAUUGUGGUGGAAGCUAUAAGCUUAUUGAAACAUUCUCGAAUCCGUUUCUUGAACCAACCAGUAUGAGUGUGAAGUUUCUUGCUCAAGGAAACAAUGUAUAGCCCAAGACGGGGAUAAUGGGUCCCAGUCACAGGAUGAUCUCUGACUGAUUCACCGUGCAUAUUAGUUCUUACAAAAAUAUAUUUUUAACAUGAUUAUAAUGCUAUUGCUUCCAGUGUUUUUAUAUCUAUAUGUCCGCAAUUUAGUUAUUUAUAUAUGUGAAUGUUUACAUUUGUCUUCCCUUUUGAUGUCAGUCAUAUAAAUUGAACAAAAAGAUAUAUGUAUUUUUAUAUGAUUGAUCAGUUAUCGCUCAUUUAUUUUCUGUCCAUACAUGUUAUUUAUAUUAUAUAUAGAUAUAAUAUAAACAAAACUGCAGUGAAAUCUAAUAUUAAAAAGUUGUAGGUUUCUAACCUAUUUCAUUAAUAAUUAUAUUUGAUCACAUAUAAUUUUAUUUAUAGCAUCUUCUGUAAAAAUUUGUUUAUAGCCGUUAUAGAGCUAGACAAUAAAAAUAAGUUGAAAUUAUAUUUAAGUAUUACAUUAAAUUCGAAGCUCAACCUCUUAUUUAUUUGCAGUUUGCAGAAAAGGUGUGUUUGUUUCAGAUUGUUCCUUCUAUCAUUGACCUUCUGUGUCUUGUCUUUGAAAAUAAUGUCAUUAAAGAGAUUUAAAUGAAAAAUAAUUAUUAAAAUGUAAAGUUUU